AAGCCCGGCGCUCCCAUGGGGCGGGCUUUGUGGGCGGAGCUGUGGGCGAGGACAGACCGGGCGAGGGGCGUGGUCAAAGAUGGGCUGUGGGCGUGGCUCCGUGCGAGAGGCGGGGGCAGCCAGGGCAGUGGGCGGGGCGAGGGCCCGCGCGCGCUGGCCAUGCCGCGUUCCCGCCGAGCCGCGCGCCGUGGCCCAGGCAGUGCACGGGCAAGCUCACCUGCCAGCGAGGAGGAGCCCAACAGCGAGGUGCUGAGCCGCUGCAGCAGCGCCAGUGAGGGGACCAGCCCCACUGAGGAGGCUGCAGCAGGGAGCGAGGCAGCCAGUGAGCAAGGCCAGGAGGAGGAGGAGACAGAAGACAGGCUGAAGGAAUACAUGGACAACCUCCUGGACAAGAGCGCCAAGACACGGCAGGCGGCACUGCAAAGCCUGCGCCUGGCCUUCUCCUCAAAAACCCUCUCUGAGUUCCUGCUGGAGCGCCGCCUCAUGCUCACCGACUCCCUGGAGAAGUGCCUCAAGAAAGGUAAAGGGGAGGAACAGGCGCUGGCGGGCACUGUCCUCACCCUUCUUUGCCUCCAGAUGGGCUCCGGCCCGGAGGGGGAAGAGGUGUUUUGCAGCCUGAAGCCCCUGCUCAUCAACAUCCUGAUGGACAGCACAGCCAGCUCCAGCGCCCGGCAGAGCUGUGCCACGGCCCUGGGCAUGUGUUGCUACAUUGCUGCUGCUGAGCUCGAGGACCUGGUCUCGUGCCUGUCCUGCUUGGAGGGCAUCUUCAGCCCCCCCAAUACAGGUGAGGAGGGCUCGGCACCCACCCAACACAGCCCUCUGCACUGCAGUGCGCUGCAGUCGUGGUCCCUGCUCCUCACCAUCUGCCCUCCUUCCCACAUCAAGAGCAUCUUGGACAAUCGCUGGCUGAAGCUGCCCCCGCUGCUGUCUAGCAGCAGCGUCGCACUGCGCAUCCUGGCCGGGGAAACCAUCGCCCUUGUCUUCGAGCUGGCCCAGGAUGUGGAGGAGGACUUGUGCCACCAAGAUACAGAGUUCCUGUGUGCCCAGCUCAAGGUCCUGGCUACCGAGAGCAACAAGUACCGAGCCAAGAUGGACCGACGGAAGCAGCGCUCCAUCUUCCGGGAUAUCUUGCGCUUUAUUGAGAGCGGGGAGUACCAGGAGGAGACCAUCCGAUUUGGCUUGGAGUGCAUGUACCUGGACAGCUGGGCACGACAGCGGACUUACCAAGCCUUUAAAGAGGUGCUGGGCUCUGGCAUCCGCCACCACCUCCAGAACAACGAGCUGCUACGGGAGAUUUUCGGCCUCGGCCCCCCCUUGGUGCUGGAUGCGGCUACUCUGAAAGCCAACAAGGUCUCCCGCUUUGAGAAGCACCUCUACAACUCGGCUGCCUUCAAAGCCCGCACAAAAGCCCGGAGCAGGGUGCGGGACAAGCGGGCAGACGUGCUGUGACGGGCAGAGGGGUGCAGAGCCCCCAGCCCACCUGGACUGCAGACCCAGCACUGUGAGGGGCAGGAGCCCCCAGCCCUUGGGCUUUUAUUCAUGUACAGCAGAGUAUUUAAUGCCUGGAGCUGCCCCACCGGGGGCUGCCCCCUCUUUUAUUUUUUUAACCGAAAAAAUAUCCAAGAGAUGAAAGAAGAGCAGGGGGAGGUGGUGGUGUGCUUCUGUGUGCCUGCUCUGCGGCAGGGGCCCGAUGUGGCACGGCGGGAGGGGGUCUCACAGGGUUGCUGCAGCCCCUUUCAGAGACAGGGCUUGUGUCCCCCUUCCCCAGUCUUGUGGGGGCACCAGGGUGGCGUGGCACAGCCUGAGGGCUGGAUAAGAGGGCAGAGCCAUGCAGGGCUGCGGGGCAGCUGGCCCUAUUGUCUGUGCCCACAGCAGGAGAGCUCCCGCAGAUCCCCCUGCCACGCUGGGCAUAGCGCCUGCCUCCGCAGCCAGCCCGGUGGUGGUGGAGUGGUGUAGGGUGGCAGGCGCUACCCAGCCCUGCCAGCUGCCCACUCUGAGCUCUUUUCCAGCCAAAUGCUUUAUAUGAAAUAGUCCUCUUGUGGGAAAUUAAUUACAGGAGGGGUGGCACAGCAGGCGAGUCCUGGUGCUGCCUCUGGGAUGCUGCCUGUGCAGGCAUGGGGCUGCACCAGCCAUGAGUACUUGCCACCGCGGGAAUGUAUCUAUGGUGGUGGUUUUCUAAGACUUUG